GUUCACCCCCAAAUGCCAGCCAUGAUAGAGAAGGGCCCAGAGGUCUCAGGGAAGAGAAGAGGCAGGAAUAAUAAUGCCACUGCUGCCGCCAGUGCUAAUAAUAAUGGGAAUAAUAAAAGUUUGGCAGCAGCAGCAGCACCCAAUGGAAAUAGCAGCAGCAACUCCUGGGAGGAAGGCAGCUCUGGCUCCUCUAGUGAUGAAGAGCAUGCAGGAGGAGGCAUGAGAGUUGGAGCCCAGUACCAAGCCGUGGUUCCUGAUUUUGAUCCGGCCAAACUUGCAAGGCGCUGUCAGGAGAGAGAGAACCUUGGCAUGCUGGUCUGGUCACCUAAUCAAAAUCUGUCUGAGGCAAAAUUGGACGAAUACAUUGCCAUUGCUAAAGAGAAACAUGGAUACAACAUGGAACAGGCCCUUGGAAUGCUCUUUUGGCACAAGCAUAAUAUUGAGAAAUCCUUGGCUGAUUUGCCCAACUUUACUCCAUUCCCAGACGAGUGGACAGUGGAAGACAAGGUCUUGUUCGAACAGGCCUUUAGUUUCCAUGGGAAAACAUUUCAUAGAAUUCAGCAGAUGCUUCCUGACAAAUCGAUAGCCAGUUUGGUGAAAUUUUACUACUCCUGGAAAAAGACAAGGACUAAAACCAGCGUGAUGGACCGCCAUGCUCGUAAACAAAAAAGGGAACGGGAAGAAAGUGAGGAUGAAAUGGAGGAAACAAAUGGAACUAACCCUGUUGAUAUUGAAGUUGAACAAAACAAGGAGAGCAAAAAAGAGGUGCCGCCACCUGAGACAAUGCCUCCGCUGAAGAAGGAGAAGCACAGUACCCAGGCUAAAAACAGAGCAAAGAGGAAACCUCCCAAAGGAAUGUUCCUUUCUCAAGAGGACGUGGAGGCCGUUUCUGCCAACGCCACUGCUGCUACCACUGUGCUCAGACAACUGGAUAUGGAAUUGGUCUCAAUCAAGCGACAGAUUCAAAAUAUCAAGCAGACAAAUAGCGCUCUCAAAGAAAAACUUGAAGGUGGAAUAGAACAAUACAGACUUCCAGAGGUUGUUCAGAAAUUUAAUGCACGUUGGACCACAGAUGAGCAGCUUCUUGCUGUGCAAGCAAUCAGGAAGUAUGGCCGAGAUUUCCAGGCAAUCUCUGAUGUGAUUGGAAAUAAAUCUGUGGUGCAAGUGAAACAUUUUUUUGUAAGUUACCGGCGUCGUUUCAACAUAGAUGAAGUUCUACAAGAGUGGGAAGCAGAACAUGGCAAAGAGGAGACAAAUGGACCUAGUAACCAGAAGCCUGUAAAAUCGCCUGAUAAUUCCACUAAAAUGUCAGAAGAGGAAAAUGAGGCUACUUCUGUUCUUGAUGUCAGAUAUGCAUCUGCUUCAUGA